AUGGUUUGCAGAGCAGCAUUUGGGAGAGUAAGCAAAGAUAAUUACGAGGCAGUUUUGCCAUUAAUCAAGGAAUUAACAAGCCUUUCUGGUACUUUCGACAUUUCUGAUCUAGUUUUGGACUGUAUAAUCGAUAAGCAUAUUGACAAUCUAGCAAAGACAGAAACAGCCAUAGGUGAAUCUGACCAAGAAGAUCUAAUUGAUGUUCUUCUACGAGUUAAAGAAAGCGGUGACCUUCAUUUCCCAAUUACGAACAGUAUCAUCAAAGCUGUGAUCAUAGAUGUUUUUUCAGGGGGAAUAGAAACUUCAACUACAACAGUGGAAUGGGCGAUGUCCGAGCUGAUUAGAAAUCCAAGAGUGAUGGUCAAGGCACAAAGUGAAAUACGGAAAGCCUUCAUAGCAAAGAGAACAAUUGAAGAAACUGAUAUUCAAGAAUUGAAGUACCUAAAGUCAGUGAUCAAAGAAACUUUGAGGCUACACCCUCCAAUCCCUAUGUUGAUUCCAGGAGAGUGUAGGCGGGAAACUGAGAUUGAUGGGUAUAUCAUUCCCAUCAAGACAAGAGUUAUAAUUAAUGCUUGGGCAAUUGGAAGAGACCUCGAGUAUUGGGAUGAUCCAGAAUGUUUUAGACCAGAGAGAUUCGAGAACAGCUCGAUUGAUUUCAAUGGAACUCAUUUUGAGUAUAUCCCUUUUGGUGCAGGAAGGAGAAUUUGCUCUGGAAUUUCAUUUGGUUUAGCAAAUGUUGAACUUCCUUUAGCUCUUCUGCUCUACCAUUUCGACUGGAAACUCCCAAAUGGUCUCAAACCCUGUGAUUUAGACGUGACAGAGACUAUGGGAGUAACUGCACCAAGAAAAAACCAUCUUCACUUGUAUGACGCAUCACUUGACGCUAGUGCAGAAACAUAG